GCGCGUUUGCACUGCGUUUGUGGGGAGCCGUCAUCUGUGCGUGCGUGCGUGUGUGCGCGUGCGUGUGUUUCUAACGCCGUGUUCUGAUAUGGCUGUAUUAGACUGAGAGUCCACGGAGCCAGCGGCAUUAUGGGAUGUAGCAGGACUGUGCAGUGACCCCCAGCUCAUUGGAAGGAAACAGUGUGUGCACAGGAGCAGGAACAGCCAGAGCAGCACACACACACACACACACACACACACACACACACACACACACACACACACACACACACACACACCCUGCAGCCAUGCCUGUGUUCAGUGGGCUGCUGAAGGUGCGGGUGUGUGAGGCGGUGGACCUGAAGCCCACUCCAUGGGCACUGCGUCACGCCGUCGGAAAGAGCGGCUCCUUCCUCCUGGAUCCUUACCUGGCUCUGAAUCUGGACCAGACCCGGUUAGGCCAGACCGCCACCAGGACCAAGACCAACAGCCCCGCCUGGCACCAGGAGUUCUGCACCGAGGUCCGCGAGGGCAGGAGUCUGGAGCUGUCCGUGUUCCACGAUGCGCCCAUCGGAUAUGAUGACUUCGUGGCCAACUGCACCAUCCAGCUGGAGGACCUGCUGCAGAACGGGACCAGGCACUACGAGGACUGGAUCGAUCUGGAACCGGAGGGGAAGGUUUACGUGGUCAUCGAUCUGUCCGGAUCCUCCACUGAAGCUUCAGGAACCAACGACAAUGAGGAGCGAGUGUUUCGUGAGCGGAUCGGUCCUCGCCGGCGACAGGGCGCCGUCCGCAGACGCGUCCAUCAAGUCAACGGACACAAGUUUAUGGCCACGUACCUGCGACAGCCGACCUACUGCUCCCACUGCCGAGAUUUCAUCUGGGGCGUGCUGGGGAAACAGGGAUACCAGUGUCAGGUGUGUACAUGUGUGGUCCACAAACGCUGCCAUGAGCUCAUCAUCACUAAAUGUGCAGGGAUGAAGAAGCAGGAGGACACGCCUGAGGAGGUGGGCUCCCAGCGCUUCAGCGUCAACAUGCCCCAUAAGUUCAGCAUCCACAACUACAAGGUGCCCACCUUCUGUGACCACUGUGGGUCUCUGCUGUGGGGGCUGAUGAGGCAGGGGCUGCAGUGCAAAGUUUGUAAGAUGAAUGUGCACAGGCGAUGUGAAACUAAUGUAGCUCCGAACUGCGGUGUGGACGCCCGAGGAAUCGCCAAAGUCCUGUCCGACCUGGGAGUCACACCUGACAAGAUCUCCAACACCGCACAGCGCAGGAGGAAGUUGACUCCAGGGCAGGACCCUCCCCAAUCUCCUCCUGAACUCUCCCAGACCGAGGACAACAGCUUCAGCCAACCGGCCGUCCCCACCUCCCCCUCCCAGCAAGACUUGGCGGAGCUGGAGCGCCUGCAGGACGCUCUGUCGCUGGAGCAGCAGGCGGCCCAGCACUCCUCCUCCUCCUCCUCCUCCUCCGCCUCCUCCACCACCUCCUCUUCCUCCUCGUCCUCCUCCUCCUCCUCGUCCUCCUCCUCGGGGAGCAGGGAGAACGGCCAGGUCCAGAGGAGGAGCCUCAAGGACUUCAACUUCAUCAAAGUCCUCGGGAAAGGCAGCUUCGGCAAGGUGAUGCUGGCGGAGCUGAAGGGCACCGAGGACGUUUACGCCGUCAAAGUCCUGAAGAAGGACGUGAUCCUGCAGGACGACGACGUGGACUGCACCAUGACGGAGAAGCGCAUCCUGGCCCUGGCCCGCAGACACCCCUACCUCACCCAGCUCUACUGCUGCUUCCAGACACGGGACCGUUUGUUCUUUGUAAUGGAAUACGUGAACGGAGGAGAUCUGAUGUUCCAGAUUCAGCGAUCCAGGAAGUUCGAUGAGCCGCGCUCUCGUUUCUACGCCGCUGAAGUCACCUCAGCUCUCAUGUUUCUGCACCGUAAUGGGGUCAUCUACAGGGACCUGAAGCUGGACAACAUCCUGCUGGACGCUGAAGGACACUGUAAACUGGCCGACUUCGGCAUGUGUAAGGAGGGCAUCAUGAACGGAGUGACCACCACCACCUUCUGUGGAACCCCCGACUACAUCGCACCUGAGAUCCUGCAGGAGCUGGAGUACGGGGCGUCGGUGGACUGGUGGGCCCUGGGGGUGCUCAUGUACGAGAUGAUGGCCGGGCAGCCGCCGUUCGAGGCCGACAACGAAGACGACCUGUUCGAGUCCAUCCUCCACGACGACGUCCUGUACCCGGUUUGGCUCAGCAAAGAGGCCGUGUCCAUCCUGCGGGCGUUUAUGACCAAGAACCCGGCCAAGCGUCUGGGGUGCGUGGUGAGCCAAGGCUGCGAGGACGCCAUCAAGAGCCACGCCUUCUUCAGAGAGAUCGACUGGGUCCUUCUGGAGCAGAGGAAAGUCAAACCGCCCUUUAAACCCAGGAUUAAAACCAAACGCGAUGUGAAUAACUUCGACCAGGACUUCACUAAGGAGGACCCGGUUCUGACGCCCACGGACGAGGCCAUCAUCCGACAGAUCAACCAGGAGGAGUUCAAGGACUUCUCCUACUGCGCACCGGAGGAGACGCAGACCUAACCCGGACCGCCGUUACCAUGACGACACAACCACACAAACACACCUUCCAAUCCCUUUACAACACACACACACGCACACACACAUACACACACACACACACACACACAUACACACUCUCCUUUCCUUUUUUGAAACUAUUGGUUGUUGUUACUUUUGGAAUCUUCUUUACUUGCAUUGUGUUGUUCUUGUUGCCUGGGUUUAUAAUGAAUAUGAAUAUGACUAUGAAUAUGAACACACACACACACACACACACACACACACUUCGCCACCUCUGCACUUUUAACGCCCGACAACACUACAAAAAAACAGAUUUUUACUCGUACCGACACAUCCCACCACACACACACACACACACACACACAUACUGCGUCUCCCCCAGCACCUGUACAUGUGGGUGGGUG